AUGUGCCGCUUCUUUCAGGUCGCAACCUUUCUCCUCGCAUUACUCCUUGCAAUCACACAUGGGAGAAAUAUUCCAAACAGUCUCAAUAAUGAUGUGUUGAAGCUUAACUCUGGCCUGCCUACUACUCAUACUACAACCGGUUUCAUCGAAGGUAGUGAUUCGACUUGCACAAUAUGGGGAACUGGCUGUAGUGAGUAUUCUAGCACUGCAAGCAUCGAACCUCGAGCUUUAUAUGCGUCGGAGACACCUUCGUUCGCGAAUGGGUUCCCACCACCACAAUCGCAGACGCAAUAG